AUGCCAGUAGCGAAAAGACCAUGUCUCCAGUGUAAAGAGAAGCAUGUCAAGUGCGACGAAGCAAAGCCAAGAUGUAAUCGGUGUCAAGCAAAGAAUCUCCCUUGCGCCCGUCCUGCCAAAAAGACGGUUUUCCGGAAUGCGUCUAUGGCACCGUUCAACACGAACCAGACCUGGGUGAGCGGGGAGAUUAAAGAGUUCUGCGUGAACUCACGAGGGGAUCAACUGGAUGGUCAUCCUGGGUCAGCCUCAACAGCAGGGACGGAUGUGAUGGAAACGACAUCUGGGCCGAGAGAACCGGGAUUCAAUGAGCUACCUUCUCUGAAAAGCAGCCAUUCUUUUCCCAUGUCCCAUUCUAACCGCUCUAUCGAUUCACAACACCAUGCUGGUGGUUCCCCCAGCUACCAAACACCCUCUUGGCAGCCUGGAACCGGACGCUCGCCCCCUGACUUGACCAGCGUUUCAAGCGGAUACCUCUCAAACCCCGACCACCCUUCACCUUCCUAUGGUCAGUCUCACCAUCGAGGCAACAGCAAUGCCAUUUCACCGCACUCCCAGCCAUUUCAUGCUCCGGGAGAAUCAACCACAUUCCCGCUCAAGGAUCCUCAGGAAGCGUGCCUAUUACGGUACUUUGUGGAAGAGCUGUCACACUGGUUCGACCUCUGUGAUGAGAGAAGGCACUUUCAGUUGGUGGUGCCGAUCCGAGCACGCCAACACCCUUUCUUGCUCCACGCGAUAUUUGCACUCGCAGCUCGGCAUUUGACUCGGUUACCGAAAUACAGGACAGCACAGGGAAUUCUGUAUCAAGGUCAACUUCUUCCGAAGCUAACAACUCAUGAUGCGGUCGAGUACACGCUCAAGUGCAUACCAGCGCUGCGAGACUUUCACGCCAUCCAAGACGAUGAUCGUCUCGAAUGCAUCCUAGCGACGGCGGUGAUCCUGCGCCAGCUAGAGGAAAUUGACGACGAAGAGGAAGAGGCACGGAGCGAUAGCCAAGUUGACGAGAACGAGGGUCCGCGCUCGAAAGAGCAGGUUAACUUUCUGGCAAUCAUCGAUGCGGUCCUUAGAAGCCCGCCAUCACAGACACUCUUCGGACGACGGUCGUUAAUUCAGGCCGCGUACUGGAUGGCUGUACGCCAGGAACUGUAUCACUCAUUCACCAAACGACACCCACCAAAGAUGAUUCUAGACCCAGAAUAUGGUCGAGGGGCGUCCAGAGCGAACAAGAUCGUACUACACACGGCCCAAGUGGCCAAGUGGCGCUGGGCUGACGGAUCCGAGCAAGAAUGGCUGCGGCUUCAGAAACAGGGCGAGGUGCUUGAGGAAGAGGCGUUGCAAGAGUACCAGCCUUAUUUCGUGCGUCCAGCCGACAGAUCCAACGGGGAGAUAUUUCCGACAAUCUGGUACGCUUCCGCACUCGAGGUCACGAGCAUGCAGCUGUGUAUAAUUGCCAAGAUGGUUCUCAUGGCCGAGAACCCGUUCCUCGGAGGCCACUCGACCUCACGCGCACGAUGGAGGGAGAUUGAGAACGAGGUGCGCCAGAUGAUCCUGGACCUGUGCGGCAUCAGUCUGUGCCAUCCGGCGUGCCCACCGGCGCUCGUCCACGCGGCGUUCGGCAUGGAGCUGUAUGGCGACUUCUUCACGGACCACUACGAGCGUCGAGCCCUACGGGGCGUCGUGGAGAAGUUUCGAGAUGCACGUGCCUGGCCGGUGAAGAAGCUGUCCAACAUGUUUCAGUGA